UUCAUCUCUGUCAAUCGCUCCAUCUUCUCGUCAUUGAGAAAGCAAGAGGGGAGGAAAGGAUGGCAGGAAAAUCCAUCUGCUUCGGAAUAAUUGGAUGCGCCAAGAUAUCGAGGAAGUUGGCAAGGGCGAUGUCCCUCGCCCCCAACGCCAUCCUCUCCGCCAUUGGGAGCCGUUCAAUCGACAAGGCCAGGAGAUUUGCGGUCGAGAAUGGCCUGCCGGAAGCCGUCAAUGUGUACGGCAGCUACGAGGAGGUCCUGGAUGACCCCACCGUGGAGGCCGUCUACCUGCCGCUCCCCACCAGCAUGCACGUGCGGUGGGCCGUGGCAGUCGCGGAGAGGAAGAAGCAAGUGCUCCUGGAGAAGCCCACGGCCCUGAACGUGGCCGAUCUGGACCGUAUAUUGGAAGCGUGCGAGUCGAACGGCGUGCAGUUCAUGGAUGGCACCAUGUGGAUCCACCAUCCCAGGACCCACAAGAUGAAGGAGUUGCUGUCUGACCCCAAUCGUUUUGGAGAGCUUCGAUCGGUUCACAGCAUUGUUGCGGCAGGCAGUGAUGCACAUUUUCUUGAGAACGACAUCCGUGUGAAGGCAGAUCUUGAUGGCCUUGGGUCCCUUGGCCAUGCAGGGUGGUACUGUGUCCAUUUGAUCCUAUGGGCCAACGAUUACAUGCUGCCCAAGACGGUAACUGCUUUCCAAGGUACAAUCCACAACAAGGCAGGCGUAAUUCUGUCGUGCGGGGCGUCAAUGGUUUGGGAAGAUGUAAAGGUGGCUACGUUCCAGUGUGCAUUCCUGAUCAAUUUAGUGAUGGACGUAUCAGUCCAUGUAUCCAAUGGGACCCUUCAUGUUCAUGAUUUUGUCAUCCCUUUCGAGGAGACAUCAGCGCCGUUCAGGUUCGUGACCAACACUGGAUUCAAAGAGCUACAACUGGGUUGGAAGCCAUUUCCUAGCGAACAUGUUGUGGUGACGGAUUUACCUCAAGAGGUCCAUAUGGUUGAAGAAUUCGUUAGGUUGGUGAAAUCCAUCAAAGACUCUGGCUCCAAGCCAGAUAGCAAAUGGCCCACCAUCAGUAGAAAGACGCAGCUGGUAAUUGAUGCCGUGAAGGUGUCGAUUGAUAAGGGCUGCGAGCCAAUCAAUGUUGGGAGUUAAUCUAAGGCCUACCCUGUCACUUGAUCUUUACGGUGAACCCUCCUGCUGCUGCUGUUGUCAUUGGACCAUUAAAUUCUCAAUAGCAUGAUUUAAGCUUCUUUAA